AUGUACGAAGGGAUUGACAACCUGAAAUCCCUUUACGACCGUGCCGGGAAGACUUUCUCCGGCGGUCCUUCUGCGGCACAGGAUAUGCCGCGUCGUACUGCUCGACCAGACCCAGUACGUCAACCAUCAGUUGGGAUAGGGGCUCCCAAGUAUCCCAGGACGGGGGAUAGCCGCUCCACCGGACGAGAUAACUCGUCCGAAGUCCGUUCACGUCGCGGUGGUUCAACAGCUGCUCAACUAGAUAGCGCUGGCCACCGCGAGAGUCCUCUAAUGGAGGUGGAAGAGGAAAGAAGACGCUCUCCACACUAUCGUGGGCAUGCGUGUGUUCCCGAGAGCUUCUUUGAUCGCGUAACGCAAGGGUUACGCGGCGAUCUCGAACAUGAGCGGGACAGGCGUCUCCAACUGGCGGACGCUGUCUCGAAGCAUCGAGCUGAGUUUGCCUUUGCUCAGCUUGAGAACGAGAGAUCUCUGACAUCUCUUCGUGAAGAGCUAAGGGUAGCUCGUGGGAUUUUUGGUCGGUCUCGGGCUGAGAUGACUGCUCUUCAGACCCUUGUCGAUAUCCACCAUCGGGAGCGCAAGGGCGUUCUUUAUCGGAAGAAGCGGCGUACUGAUGGUACGGCUUAA